GGCCUUUCUCCCCUACCGCCCCUUUCGCGUACCUCGCUUCAUAUAUCACAUUCGCCGAAGCCGUACUUCCCCCUUCGCCCCCACACCUGCUUCCCACCCAAUGGACCUCGACCUCGCACCCAUCCACAGCUUCGAGGAGUACUGCUCCCAAACGCGCGCCGCCCGUCGAGAGGGCUCAUCACAUACGCAUGGCAACCGCUCGCCACAAGCAUGCCCAUUACCGUCUUUUGACGACCUGGGCCUUCACCGCUGGACCGGCACUAUACUGCCGUCUCACCUUUACCUUCCGUCGUCCUCAAAGUCUCGGCGCGGGGUCACCCCAACGCUCCCGAGACCCUCCCGCGCACGGAGAGAGGGCAGCCCCUUUCGGCGUGCCACACAACGUUAUACCGGCGGCGCAUCAGCACGACGCGAGAGUUCGCUCAAACAGCAACUGCUUGUCACACGCGCCUACCGGUGCGAGGACAGCGACAGGGCGAGCCGCAUACUGCCAUCGAUCGAAGAAUACGCCGACGUCAGCGGCCACGAUCCGCACGGAGAGGGGCGCAGCUCUUCCUCCGCGGACCCGUUAUGUGGCUGCGCAGGGGACGCGGACGAAACACCAACGCCACUCCGCGCUGCGUAUCGCGCCGGAGGGGCCGAGGGCGGCGCCUCGCCUCUCCCCCGGUUACGCGAGCUCGCGGCGCACACGCCCGCGUCGAGCAAGCGCAAAUCUGCGGCCUCUGACGCAGGAGCAGCAGACGGCGGCGUCCGGAAGCGGUCGAGGAUCGCUAUCACGGACCUGAUCCACUAGCGCUUCCUCCCCUCUGGCUACAUCUGUCUCGCACCCGCCUCCCCCGCGAUUCCCGCGUCCGCUUCCCCGCAGCCUCCCUUUGACCGACGGACCAUCUUAUCUACUGACUAGUAUGCUCUCGCAUGCAUUGCUUAUGCGCAUCUUGUGCCCACGAACCCGUCAUGAACUAUAUCCUGUUAUGCAAUUGCCCUGCCACACUGUAUCCAUAGCUGUUCAUAGACACCCUGCAUUCAAACAUCUCGAUAGGUAGAAGUCAAAUGAAGAACAUUGAAGAA